AUUACUGUUCUAAAUUCUUGGAAUCUUCCCCGGAGAUGGAUCACCCACUGAUUUUUCUUUGGGUGCUGCUACUUUCAGCCACAGCAUCUACAGUAUCUGAUAAAUCUAUAAGACUGGUCAAUGGAAGUCAUACGUGCGAGGGACGUAUUGAAAUCUUACGCAAUGGAUUGUGGGGGACCGUCUGUGAUGACUCCUGGGAUCUAAAUGAUGCAAAGGUCGUGUGCAGGCAGCUCGGUUGUGGAAAUGCAAUCAAGGCAUUGCAAAGCGCUCCCUUUGGUCAAGGCUCAGGAAACAUAACGAUGGAUGAUGUGAAUUGUAAAGGGACUGAAAACAGAUUGGAGGAAUGUUCUCAUAGAGGAUGGUUCACUCAUAAUUGCAACCAUGGAGAAGAUGCUGGUGUCAAAUGCUUAGAUAAAACUAUAAGACUGGUCAAUGGAGAAUAUAUGUGCGAGGGACGUAUUGAAAUCUUACGCGAUGGAUUGUGGGGGACCGUCUGUGAUGACUCCUGGGAUCUAAAAGAUGCAGAGGUUGUGUGCAGGCAGCUCGGUUGUGGAAGUGCAAUCAAAGCAUUGCAAAGCGCUGGCUUUGGUCAAGGCUCAGGAAACAUAACGAUGGAUGAUGUGAAUUGUAAAGGGACUGAAAACAGAUUGGAGCAAUGUUCUCAUAGAGGAUGGUUCAGUCAUAAUUGCAACCAUGGAGAAGAUGCUGGUGUCAAAUGCUUAGAUAAAACUAUAAGACUGGUCAAUGGAAGUCAUAUAUGUGAGGGACGUAUUGAAAUCUUACACGAUGGAUUGUGGGGGACCGUCUGUGAUGACUCCUGGGAUCUAAAUGAUGCAGAGGUGGUGUGCAGGCAGCUCGGUUGUGGAAGUGCAAUCAAAGCAUUGCAAAGCGCUCGCUUUGGUCAAGGCUCAGGAAAAAUAACGAUGGAUGAUGUGAAUUGUAAAGGGACUGAAAACAGAUUGGAGGAAUGUUCUCAUAGAGGAUGGUUCAGUCAUGAUUGCAGCCAUCGAGAAGAUGCUGGUGUCAAAUGCUCAGAUAAAUCUAUAAGACUGGUCAAUGGAAAACAUAUGUGCGAGGGACGUAUUGAAAUCUUACGCGAUGGAUCGUGGGGGACCGUCUGUGAUGACUCCUGGGAUCUAAAUGAUGCAAAGGUCGUGUGCAGGCAGCUCGGUUGUGGAAGAGCACUCGAAGCAUUGCAAAGCGCUCCCUUUGGUCAAGGCUCAGGAAAAAUAACAAUGGAUGAUGUGAAUUGUAAAGGGACUGAAAACAGAUUCGAGGAAUGUUCUCAUAGAGGAUGGUUCAGUCAUAAUUGCAACCAUGGAGAAGAUGCUGGUGUCAAAUGCUCAGAUAAAACUAUAAGACUGGUCAAUGGAAGUCAUACGUGCGAGGGACGUAUUGAAAUCUUAAGUGAUGGAUUGUGGGGGACCAUCUGUGAUGACUCCUGGGAUCUAAAUGAUGCAAAGGUCGUGUGCAGGCAGCUCGGUUGUGGAAGAGCACUCGCAGCAUUGCAAAGCGCUCGCUUUGGUCAAGGCUCAGGAAAAAUAACAAUGGAUGAUGUGAAUUGUAAAGGGACUGAAAACAGAUUGGAGGAAUGUUCUCAUAGAGGAUGGUUCAGUCAUAAUUGCAACCAUGGAGAAGAUGCUGGUGUCAAAUGCUUAGAUAAAUCUAUAAGACUGGUCAAUGGAAGUCAUACGUGCGAGGGACGUAUUGAAAUCUUACGCGAUGGAUCGUGGGGGACCGUCUGUGAUGACUCCUGGGAUCUAAAUGAUGCAAAGGUCGUGUGCAGGCAGCUCGGUUGUGGAAGAGCACUCGAAGCAUUGCAAAGCGCUCGCUUUGGUCAAGGCUCAGGAAACAUAACGAUGGAUGAUGUGAAUUGUAAAGGGACUGAAAACAGAUUGGAGGAAUGUUCUCAUAGAGGAUGGUUCAGUCAUAACUGCAACCAUGGAGAAGAUGCUGGUGUCAAAUGCUCAGGUUCUCCUACACCUGCUCAUCCAGCUCCAGCUACUCCAUCUCCACCUCCUAUCAAAACAACUAGCAAGACAGUCAUCACGCCAGAAGUGGCCCCUAGUAAGAAAAUUCACACUUUUAUUUUCUAUAAGAAUGCACUGAUGAGUGAUGAAAAACGUUCUCCUACACCUGCUCCUCCAGCUCCAGCUACUCCAUCUCCACCUCCUAUCAAAACAACUAGCAAGACAGUCAUCACGCUAGAAGUGGCCCCUAGUAAGAAAAUUCACACUUUUAUUUUCUAUAAGAAUGCACUGAUGAGUGAUGAAAAACGUUCUCCUACACCUGCUCCUCCAGCUCCAGCUACUCCAUCUCCACCUCCUAUCAAAACAACUAGCAAGACAGUCAUCACGCUAGAAGUGGCCCCUAGUAAGAAAAUUCACACUUUUAUUUUCUAUAAGAAUGCACUGAUGAGUGAUGAAAAACGUAAUCUAGUAAUUGUUAUAUUCUCGUCACUUAUUGCACUUCAAGUGACAAGGAUCAAUGGAAGGAACAUGCCCCUUGAACGCAUAAAUUUAAAAUUCUCUUCUAUUAACUUGGACUGUGACAAAGAAUACAUUGAGGUUUUUGAUGGAUUCCAAUAUGGUUCAUAUCCACUUGGAAGAACUUGUUCUAGCGCCUAUCUCAAUUAUACCUAUUCAUCAACUUCCAACAUAAUGACAAUAGUGCUGCAUAGAGAUUCAGGUGAUUCAGGAAAUGGGUUCUCUGCUCGUUACCAAUCUAUUCCACCAGAAAUGAGACCUACUACACCAGCUUCUACUUCGAAAUAUACAAGACUUUCAUGUGCUGAUGGAUUCAUGCAAGCACGGAUUAGCAUACGCUAUCUCAAUUCACUCGGCUAUAAUGCAUCACAGGUUUACCUGAAUACCAGAGAUAGAUCGUGUAGAUCUCAUAUUAUAAGUGGUUUUGUUCAAUUUAUUAUACCAUUCUAUGGCUGUAACACAGAGAAAAGGGUGAAGAAUGAGACAACAACUUAUUACAAUGUAAUAAAGACACUCAACUCCGAUUAUAUUAUUACAAGAAAGAAAAACUUUCAAUUUCAUGUUAUGUGUGAAAUGAAGCAGAACACUAUAGUACAAGCAGUGUUUGUUGCCCAAAAUGCUAUUGACCUUACUGAAAGGCGUAUUGGCCAUUACAAUGUGUCUCUGGCAUUCUAUUCAUCAUUAUCCUUCGCCCAUAAAGUUGUGGGAUCACCAUACUACGUUUCACUCAACCAGAAUUUAUAUCUCCAAGCUACUCUGCACACUGCUGAUCCAAAUAUGUUACUCUUCUUAGACACAUGUAUCGCUUCUCCAAAUAGUAAUGAUUUUACAACCUUGACCUAUGACUUAAUCCGAAGUGGAUGCCCACGAGACUCUACUUAUAGAAGCCUGUCCUCACCAACAAACAAUGUAGUUCGUUUCCAAUUCAACUCCUUUAAGUUCCUUAACAUGCACAAUUCAGUUUACCUACAAUGUAAAUUAGUAGUGUGUAGGGCAGAUGAUCGUUCAUCUAGAUGCUACCAGGGAUGCUUAUUGAGAAAAAAGAGAGGUGUGGAUGAGUCUCAGGAGAAGGUUAAUGUUGUUGUGGGACCACUUAGACUUCUGAAGGAUGAAAAUGUUCAAAACUAAGGAUCCGCCCCCUCAAUUUAACUAUGUUUUCUGGAUAAAAUGAUGAAAGCUAGAUAGAUACCUUAAAAAAUAAUCAUACCCAUGUUACUCCAUGGCGAAAAUAUUUCAAAUCCAUAGCUGAAUACUAUCUUUUAUACAAGUAAUUAAAAGCGAAUGAAAUAUUAAAACAUCUUUUUAAGAUCUUCAGAGCUCUUCAUCAGGCUAUUAUUAGGAGACGAGGGAAAGGAAAAUUAGUCUAAACAGCAUUUUACAUAGACAAGGUCUUUUCCUAAAUGGCUGUGCAAUUUGCUGAUGCAGUAGAUCCUAAUAUAAACAGGCCCGUUUAAUUUUGUUAAGCACUU